AUGCAGCACGUCCGUCGUGAGCACCCUGACUACGAGGCCAUCAUGCUGGCCGCGUCGACGGCCGAGACUGGCUCCUUGCUAAGCUACGUACGCCAAUCGGCUUUGAACGUCUACGGCCGGAUGGAAUGGAUUCUUAAGAACAACCUGCCGCUGUCAUUCUGCGAGAACCGUGCGGCUAGGAGAUACACAAAUCACGAUCCAAUUUGUGUGGAGACAUUAGUUAGUGCGAUGGACAGCCUCACUAGGGUUGUGGAGCGCGCUAUCGCGGCUGAGCUACCUGAGCGCUUUGGACUCCUCUUCGACGGCUGGGCGCAUGCCUCCCAGCACUUCAUCGCAGUGUUCGCCUGCUACGACGCCGGCGGCGUCAGGAAGACGCCGCUCCUCAGCAUGGCUCCUCUGCUUGACGCCCUCGAUGACGACCUCUCUGCUCGAGGCCACAUGGAGUUCCUGGCGAACAUGCAUGUCGCGAGACUAUGA